AUCUCUCAAUAUGAAUAGAAGCGGUCCACGACCCACCUGAAUUGUAGUAUUAACAGUGGAAGAACGAACAUACAAUAGAACUAUGGCCAGUGAAGCUUCUUGGUGGAAUCCGUCCUGGAUGAAAAGGGCUGACAACAAAAAAAAAAGUGUUGAAGAGGACUGUGUGUUGCACAGAAAGCGCUUAGCGGCUAUCCUUCGAUAUAUUGCAUCUAUGCACGAAAGCGUGAGCUCUUCAGGAGAGUCAUCCCGUCAGCAUUUUGUUAGGGAAGUCGAUGACGACGAUAAUAUCCCAGAUGAUUUUUUUCAACGCGAGACAUUUGCUGACACAGAUGUUGAAAAUGGAGUUUUGUUUAGUACCAAUGACUUCCGAAAAUUGAUAUCCGUAGAUGCCAUUGGCGAUAACCAGGGUUCUCAGCCCUUUGCAUUUUACGCCCCGGCACAGAAUGCUUUUAACGAUUGUGGUCAAGUCGUAGAGGGGAGAAAUAGUAAAAGAAUGGGUGUGUACGGACUUUCUUCUGUCUUUACUCACUCAAAGAACCCACGAGGGGGAAGAAAUUGUGAUGGCAGAGGGAUAUGGCUGCGUUUAACACGAAUAGGGCCCUCUUCUUUGUUACAACAACCAAACUAUGACCAUCCAAGCUUACAACACUACCUGAAUGUAUGGUUAAAAGAAUCUUCCACAGCUUGUUCCAUUGACGAGCUGUUGACGCUUCACAAUUUAGAUCGUGCCCCUAGCAUCUCAUCAACUACAUCCAUGCGGAAUCACAAACGCAUUGAACAUUUUUUACGAACAUACAAGUCAUAUCUUCGUAUGAAAUUAUAUCAACAAACGUUGGAGCCAAUAUAUAAUUCUCUUUUUGAAUGGAACCAGCAGCAGAACGAAAACAAUGAAGAAAUUGUUUGGGGAUUAGGACAUGCGAAAAUGUUAACUUAUGAUGGAAGGUUGAUAAAUGGACCGCUAUUGGAGGUAUUGGUGGAAGUUGAGUUGGCCUUUGAUGGAGCACUCCUGAUUCGCCCGCGGGAGCACACUGGGGUCACUCUCAAUCGAGAAGUAAUAGCCGCUCUUGUAGCAACCGGUGCCGACCCUUCUUCUCUAAAUGCCGUUUUAUCGCAACUCCAUAAAGCAGUCGCAAAUAUCGAAAUUUCAUCUAUAUCCCCUGCACAACCACAAACAUAUGUACCUUUUCUGAAAAGAAUAGCAGUGGAGUUAUCAGCUGGUGGUGCAUUUCGGGCAUCUUCUGGUACUGUUACACCGGGUACCAACACUAAAUCGAAACGAAAGGAAGACGACAAAAUGACUGAGUUGGGAAAGCUUGAGGUAUCUGAGGCAUGGUGUCUAUAUGCGCGCUCGAAACCUAGCUCUAUUUGGGCUCGGGACGCUAAUCUUCUUGCUGACAGAGUUGGUAAUCACAGGGAGCUUCUUCCGCUGGCUACCUGGAGUCUAACGCACGGUUCCACUAAACUAGAACAAGUACUGCAGGAAGAUUUGAUUCGUGAAAAUGACGACCUAGAUUCGUCGAUGAAAAAGAAGGCAAUUGCUACCUGGCUUCAAAGCAACUUGUUGUUUGCAGCAAAAGAUUUGACGGAAGCAAGCAGGAAAAAAAAAGAGCACUUCUCGAAUAAACCUAUUUUUCCCUUGGCUACUUCUGACUCUCAGAUUAGAAUCGCAGACCUUCUACUUCGCCAAAACUAUCCAGCAGUCAUCGCCGAAGGUCCGCCGGGUAUGUUUUCUCCAUUUGUCUUUGCUCUUGACCCCUUCUUGUGAGCUUUAUUAUCGACUCUCUCAUCACACAUGUCAUGUAUUUUUGCGAUUUUUCUUCUUCUUCGGGUCGUUGACAAAAAAGGUACAGGAAAAACCCACACUAUAGGUGAGUUUCUUAAUUUCUUAUUCCAGUGCAGUGCUACUAUUCAUCUUUCGUGGUAUCCUUAUUCGUUCUUCUCUUUCGGCUCAUAUUUCGUCUCUCUUUCAUUAUAGCAAAUAUUGUUAGGUGAGUUGAGAUAUUUUCGGUCAUAACGAGCGGGCUUAUUUUCGUGAUUAUUUCUUCGUCUGGAUCUCUACUAAAUACCCGCUUUCUUUCAAAGUGCAUAUCUGUGCAAAGGCAAAAGAGUUUUAGUUACAUCAAAAAACGCCAAUGCUCUCAGUGUCCUCCGAGGCAGAUUGCCACAGAGUGUUCGAGAAUUGGUUGUGGAUGUUAGCAUGAGUGAAUUGCAUGGUACGUCAUUACAGCAGCAUGUUUUUAUACGAAAAACAACCGGAAGCAUUGUUUCUCCUUUCGAUCUAGGUCAUCUUUGUUUUAUCGCCAUCGUUACCGUUUGUUCGAUCAAGAUCAUUUAAUACAUGUUUUACCUUGGUUGUUGACGAAAAUCAGGAAUGCGGCAACUUCAGCAAACCGUCGAACGCCUUGCCGUCCGCGUAUCGGUUGCAUCUGCAGAUAUUGAAACUGAAAAAUGUUCUAUGUUGCAGGUAUGUUGGGUAAUGUCGCUUUUUCAUUAAAUUUCGACUCUUUGUGGCUUACUAACCCAUAACCUGUUUUGAUGAGACAGCACACAAUUGAUGAUCUCGAGAUCAAGCUAGAAGAAAUUGAUAAAGAGGUGAUGGCUGAAAGUGAACGAGUACGCAAUCUUCUUCAACAGCCUGAUGGAAUGACUUUAAUUGAAAAGGCUAGCUAUCUUAUCACAUCUGCUCCAUGGCUUAUGCGAAGUCUUGCGGAAAUGAAUCUGAACAGUAUCAAGUCUCUUGCCGGCGAAAUGACGAAACUAAGACUAGAUUUGGAUGAUCCUGUACUAUCUGUAACAGGUUUUGAUUCGCCCCCUUCAAAAAGCCUGAUAUCCUUGGCUUCAGCGAGGUCGGGUUCGUCUCUUUCGUCUCUUUCCCAGGUUACUAAAGCAACUCUAUCAUCUUUGCCCAUCAUUGGCCCUGCGAUGGAUAGUCAUAUUAAACAGGUUUACAAAGAAUUGGACAAACUGAAUUUGAACGGUACUAAACCAGAAUCCAAAGAUGAUUGGAAGACGAUUGCAAAGGCAUUGAAGCACUCGCUUGCCGUCUGCACAUUCGAGGACACAAUUUGGCGGUCACUAGUAAAGGAAAAAAAGUGGCCUCAGGCAUGUUUCCAAGACCAAAAACGACUGAAAGAAAUUCAUGACCUACUCGAUAUAGCAGUCGAAGUAAAAGAAUUGCACAUUUUACUCAACGUCAAAACUGCAAUCAAAGCAAUUGCCAAGUGUCGCAAACUUGAUGCGAUGCGUACGAGAAUCUCUCGCCAAAUACGCUAUCAUUCAGAAGAUUUGACUGAUUCAGCAGUAGUUGCUGAGCUAUCCAGGUCAUUUAGCCCUGAUGCUCAAAGUGCUUUGAUAAAAUUUGCUCAAAUUGCAGGAGCUUCGAAGUUUAGUAGGUCUUCAAAACCCUCGAAGAUGAGUCAGAGACAGCGUAGACGGCGGCAAGAGUAUUUAACUGCAUUUGAUCGCUGUUGCCGGUUCAUACCUUGUUGGAUUCUUACUACUUCACAGAUAAGCGAUUAUUUACCCGCUGAGUGUUUAUUCGACCUCGUUGUUAUUGACGAAUCUUCACAAAGCGAUGUAACUGUACUUCCAGGAAUGAUGAGGGGCAAGCAAUGGCUAAUUGUGGGUGACGGAAAACAAGUUAGCCCCACUGAAGUAAGUAGAUUGGAUCAUUAUUCCAGUUCUUUCAUGUUUUUGUCCUAAGCACACAUUUCCUCAUUCUUUAUUUAGGCUUUCGUAAGCGAGGAAAACAUCGAGAACAUUCGUGCGACUUUGCCUGAGAGUCCACUGGAAGAUGCACUUCUUCCUGGACGUAGCUUUUUCGAUAUGUGUGCUCAGGCAUUUCCCCGAGGGAGAGUAGUAUUGAAUGAACACUUCCGCUGUGCACCUGAAAUGUAAGUUGAGCUCAGCGAAAGUGAGUUGUCUGAACUACCCUUUUUCUCGCUAUUUCUAGCAACUACCAACUGUUUACUAACAACUCCGGACUGGCAGCAUUGGCUUCAGCAAUGUGCAAUUUUACGACGGUCGACUGAUACCACUUCGUCUUCCGACUGCGUUAGAAAGAAUGAAACCUUCAAUCUUAGAUGUACGGGUGGUAGGAGGCUCGAAAGUCGGUAAAGUCAAUGAAAAAGAAGCGGAUAAAAUUGUUGAAAUGAUUAAACAUAUUGUCAUGGAAUCGUCAGAAAAAAAAUCGAAACCCAAGUCAAUUGGCGUUAUAUCUCUUGUUGGUGACGAACAAAGCAGGCUAAUUCGAGGACGUUUAUUGGAUUCUUGUGGUCCUGAGCAUAUCGCUCGCCAUGAUGUUCUGAUAGGCGACCCACCACUUUUUCAAGGAGCAGAGAGAGAUAUUGUUUUUCUCAGUAUGGUCUGUUCAAGAGGAAAUAUGGUAAGAUUACUUUAUACAAUGGAAGAGCAUUAUUUUCACUCCAUCUGUUUUUAACAUAGCGUCAUUGCUCUUCUGUUUUGAUGGGUUUAAAUUUUUCUGAUUUCUUCAGGUUACUCAGUCACAACAAUUUCAUUAUCAGCGUGCAAAUGUGGCUCUGUCAAGGGCGAGAGACCGAGGUGAGAAAGUUGAAGUGCGCGAGUUUGCUUUUUACCUCAAAGUCAAUACACGAGCCUAACAUUGAUGCAAAUUGUAACCUUGCGAUUCUUUUUGUUGUGUGUGUAUAUAUCUGCAGUUGUUUUGGUGAGAAGUAUUGACUUGAGAGAUGUUCCUAGUCUUGACGACGUUAAAAUUCCUAUCAUCGAAUUUUUCAUCAACGCAAACGUCAGCACGAGGUCUAGUACAGCGAGCGACGAACACCAGGAUAAUGCGAAUUCAAACCGUCCCAAGCAAUUCUUUGGGAGAGAAAUUGUAAGAUCAUUUCUUGUAGGGAAAGGCUAUCGAACUGUCGACAUGUCAAUGAUAUGGAAAAAUGCUUUUUGUGUCGAAGACCAAAAAAGUGAUAUUCGAGUGGCAAUAAUGAUCGACUGCGAAGAACGACAAAAAUCAGAUUGGGUUUUGUCAUAUUCACAGCAAAAAGCUAUCGAACGUGUCGGUUGGAAAUGCUUAAGGAUUGACACACUUUCCGUUGUUUUAGAUUUUACAAGGGUUGUAAAUGUUGUGACUCAAUUCUUAACUGCAAAUGGUUUAGGUGACCCUCGCGAACACUAUGGACAUGAUGAGGAAGAAGGUGGUGAAGACGAUAUUGAACACUUGAAAGAAAGCCAAAAAGUUAUCGAUGUCGAGGAUAUGGACGAAGCAAUAGGAACUAGUAGUUUUAGUGAAGAAAAUGAUAUAAUCUCCGAACAUGUUCACGUCAACGACACGAGACCAGAUCAAACCAAAAGUUCUGUCGAUUUUAUUACGGGCGAGACUAUUGAGCCUUGGCAAUUUGGAGAAGUUGUUAAUUUGGAUUUCCUACGUAGCAAAACCGAUCCAGCUGAUGGGUUUGGCUAUGACGAUGGUGAUGGUGAUGAUGAUGACGAUGGCAAUGGCAACAAUGACAAAAACCACAUAGUCACCAGUAUUAAAAGAAGAACAAUACUCGACCAAAGCGGAAAAGCAACAGAGAAACAGUUGAAGCACUAUCCGUCUGAUUCUAAUUGUUAUCAACAAGGUGAGGACAUGAAGCUGCACCAGUGUAAUGAUUCAGUGGUUGAUAACUCUAAGGUCAACGUCAAAAGUGUCACCAGCACCGUUAACGGUCGCUCCCGAAAGCGGCGAAAGAUCGCCAAGUACUCACAAAACGAACAUUUGUCUCAAGGUAGGCAGAUGUCUGAUAAAGUUGACAAUAAAUUUAGUGAUCGGAAUGACGACGACAACGAUAUUCCAAGCAAUGAUGAUGAUGAUGAUGAUGAUGAUGAUGGUGACGAAAGUUGGGACAGAGGCGCUGACGAGCCUGGGAGCGAGGAAGAGCUAUUAUAGUUUACAUCAUGUUCUAAAAGAUGUACAGAACAAAAAAAAUCACUCUGCAUUAGAAUAUGCGUGGUCUUCUCGGUGUCGGAUGACUGAUCUUAACAUGAACAUGUGGCGCGAGGGGAGCUGAGGUAAAGUUCAACGUCGCCAAAGUUGAUAUCCUUUUCGACUUGGAAUGAAAGAGGUGAAGGAUAUCAGACGAGCUGGAGAAAGAAGACAAUCUUCGAAAACAUCACUUCACGGUACUUUUCGUCUGCAUUGAAAGCUAUUGAAAAGUUGACGACGUUGAAUGCUUACUUCAAUAGCUGACAAUAAUGAUCACCGCAAAAAACGCUUUGACUAAUAUAAGUAGUCUCACUUA